GUGCCCGGCCCGCGCGGGGGCCACGCCCGGCCCGCGGUUUUCCCCGCGUCCAACUGUCGGGUCACACCAUUCUCAUCCCUCCUCUAUUUCAACCCGAUCCACCCACCUGCACUUUCUUCCACACUUCUCUUCACCACUCAACAAUAUCCAGAAGAAGGGGGAAAAACAGAGAGAAACGGCGAUGCCAAUGAUCAGCAGCGACUCUCCUCCGUCCUCCUUCCGGCACAUGCUUAAGUCCUCAAUCUGCUGCUUCACUCCCGUCGGCCACCUCCCCCACAAGAUCCUCGACCCGGAUGACGACGACGAUUAUUCCGACCACUCCAACUCCAAGCCAGCUGGGGCGGCGAGAUCCAGCUGGAUUAACAUCCACGACCUCGAGAUCCGGGACCGGUGCCUCCGGGGGUUCGUGAUUGGGGGGAGAUCGGGCCGGAAUCGGAGGCGCUACAGAUCCGAAGAAUUCAGGUACGAUCCGGAGAGCUACUCGUUGAAUUUCGAGGACGAUGCUCACCGCCGGGAGGACGAGUUGGCUCUCGGCGGAUUCGCGGCCAGGCUACCGGCUACUCCCGAUAGGUAUUCGGCGGCGGUGGAAAGCUGGAACGGCAAGAGUUCGUCGGUGGUGGCAGGAGUUCGGAGGACGGAGAUUACUGCUUGGAGUUAGAGUUAAUGGAGUUGAAUUUUCCCGGCCCCAAAUUGUAUAAGUCGGAGGAUUCUAUAUAUCACCGAUUGUAAUUGUUUGUGCUGCUAGGCUAUUUGGUCCGCUGUAAUCUGUAAAUACACGAGUAGUUAUGAAUUAAUUGAUGGUUGGUUAAUUUCAGUUUAAGCAAAUGUGCGGCUCUGUUUGCGGCUCUGUUUGGUUAUUCUUUCUUCUUCUUUGUUGAAAUCGGGGCGCUCAAUUAGUACGAUAUUGUCCGCUUUGAGCCAAGCCCGCACGGAUUUACUUUUGGUUGUCCUCCCCAAAAGGCCUCGUACUAAUGAGCUUGGUGGACACUAAUAUACAAGGGUCCCUUCCCUUGUAUAACCGAUGUGGUACUUGGAUUGUCCCAUAACAAUCCUCCCCUCAAGCCAAGGACCACGAACAUCGUGUCCUCACCUCAGCGAUUAUCUUGAUCCGCCAGAUGCCUUCUAUCAAUGGGCUUCUCGAUACAAGGACUUUACCAGACGCAUAACUCUCUUUGAUCUGCUUCCCAAAUGCGGAACUCUCUUUGAUCUGCCAAGCCCAAACGUGGAUCUCUCCUGGAUCCACCAAACCAGAUGCAGAUCUCAAACCCCAAGGUCACUGAGCGAGGGUCCACCGAACUGACGUCCACCGCCCCGGACCGAACCAGGCUCUGAUACCACUUGUUAUAAACGCGCUGCUACGGA